CCCCCUCCUACUUUCCCAUCCGGACUCUCUCUCUCUACGGUUUCUCUCUCUAAAUCACCGCCUUGCAGGCUUUAAUGGCUUCCAUGGCUACUUCUCUCUCCACCCAUCUCUCUCCAGCCGCCAAAGACCUCUGCAAACUCACCUCCUCCUCCUCUGUUAUACAUGGCGUUCCCCUUCGCCUCAACUACCUCAAAUGCUCCUCCUCGCUGUCGGCCUCCUCCCUCAGUGUCUCUGCGAAAUACGAUCUCAAGGACUUCAAGUUCGAGCCCAUAAAGGAAUCGAUCGUCUCUCGCGAGAUGACCCGCCGCUACAUGAUGGACAUGAUCACCUAUGCGGACACGGAUGUCGUUGUGGUUGGGGCUGGCUCUGCUGGUCUCUCGUGCGCGUACGAGCUGAGCAAGAACCCUAAUGUGCGGGUGGCCAUCGUGGAGCAGUCGGUGAGCCCUGGCGGUGGUGCCUGGCUCGGUGGCCAGCUCUUCUCGGCCAUGGUCGUGCGCAAGCCCGCUCACCUCUUCCUUGAUGAGCUCGGUGUCGAUUACGAUGAGCAGGACAACUAUGUUGUCAUCAAGCAUGCUGCGCUCUUCACUUCCACCAUCAUGAGCCGCCUUCUUGCUCGCCCUAAUGUCAAGCUUUUUAAUGCGGUGGCGGCUGAGGACCUGAUUGUGAAGGAGGGGAGAGUGGCAGGCGUUGUGACGAACUGGGCUUUGGUGAGCAUGAACCACGACACACAGUCUUGUAUGGAUCCGAAUGUGAUGGAGGCGAAAGUGGUAGUGAGCUCAUGCGGGCACGAUGGUCCUUUUGGGGCUACAGGAGUGAAGAGGCUGAGAAACAUUGGCAUGAUUGAGAGCGUCCCCGGGAUGAAGGCGCUGGACAUGAACGUCGCAGAGGAUGCGAUUGUGAGGCUCACCAGGGAGGUUGUGCCUGGGAUGAUCGUCACCGGCAUGGAGGUUGCAGAGAUAGACGGAUCCCCUAGAAUGGGUCCUACUUUCGGAGCGAUGAUGAUAUCGGGGCAGAAGGCGGCGCACCUGGCUCUUAAGGCGCUGGGCUUGCCGAACGCUGUAGACGGGACUUACAGCCUGGGCGGCGUGCACCCAGAGUUGGUGCUCGCAUCCUCGGCCGAGGGUGAGACUGCCUCAGCCUAAAUUCCAUCUUCCACAAACCGCAGAAUCCCCUUUUCAUUAUCUUCUUGUUUUGACCUCCUUUCCCCCUCUCUCUUGCUGCUGUGUUUUUGGAGUUUAGGGUUACGGAAUAAGGUGGUGGACAUAUACUCUCUAGAUUUUGUUGCUAUGCUAUAUCCUUUUAAGGGUCUUACUCUGUUACUCUUGAGGGCUUCUCUUUCAUCCUCUCUUUUUCUUGCAAUUCUCGGUUAACAACAUAUUGGGAUUUACCCGUGGAUGAGUUUCAUUCUGUUAAAUGAGAUAAAUAUCGGGAUA